GUGGUUGUUAGGCCGGCCCCUGCUAAGCAUCAUUUGUGCUCGUUUCCGUUCCAGGCACAACAGUUCAGUAAAUCAGAGAGUAUAUGUCACUAAGAUGAAACGCUGAAACGAUUGUCACGGUAACCGAUGCGUAUCAAACGCAAACGAACGAGAAUCUCACACGGAAAACGACCAGAAGUGAAGACGAGAGAGGCGUCUGGAACUGUACUGAUACUCCUGCAGCCGAAUCAGCUUCUUCGAUCGCUGUCUGCAUCGCCAACGCCGCUGCCACUGCUGCUGCAUACUUUCAGGCAGGAAAAUUGCGAAAUUCGGUGCGCGUAGCAAAUGGCAAGUAACAUGGCGAGUCCACGGCAUUACUACGACAACCGAGUGAGAACGAAAAGCAUCGAGGACGUGAAACUGGCACAAGUCAUGCAGGUGAAGUCGCAAGAACGGUGGGAUGACGGAAAGCCGCUAAGCAUACUCGCACUAGACCCCGCCGACAGGGCUGUACUGAAAAUUGCAGACGAAAGAGAUGCAAUACAGAAGAAAACAUUCACGAAAUGGGUGAACAAGCAUCUCGCAAAGCAUUGGCACUACGUCCAGCGCCGGACAGAAGUCACAGAUCUCUUUGAGGGCCUCAGAGAUGGACGCAAUCUCAUAUCACUGCUCGAAGUCCUGUCGGGGGAGCUACUGCCACGAGAGAGGGGCCGGAUGCGCUUCCACAAGCUACAGAACGUGCAAACAGUUUUAGACUUUCUUAGAUUUAGAGGCAUUAAAAUUGUAAAUAUUCGCCCCGAUGACAUUGUAGAUGGAAACCCAAAGUUAACGUUAGGCUUGAUAUGGACAAUCAUACUUCACUUCCAAAUCUCGGACAUCACUGUGUCGGGCGAGCAGAGCCUGACGUCACACGACGCGCUGCUCACGUGGUCGCAGCGUACGGUAGCUGGCUACCCGGGAGUGAAGGUGAACAACUUCAGCGAGUCAUGGCGCGACGGGCUCGCCUUUGCCGCGCUGCUGCACAGAAACAGGCCGGACCUGUUAGAUUUCAAGGAGCUAAAGUCGAUGCCGCCACGAAAGCGGUUACACGUUGCAUUCACGAUAGCAGAGCAACAGUUUGGUGUGACGAAGCUACUAGACCCAGAAGACGUCGAUGUCGCACGACCAGAUGAUAAGUCACUGAUCACCUACAUCUCAUCACUGUACAACGUAUUCCCUGAUAUACCUCCUCCUCAGUACUCUCUACAGGAAGCCGAGAGGCAGGCUAAGUACGACGAGUACAGGGAACUAGCGCACUACAUCCAACGUUGGAACAAGGAAGCGACUGCGAUGAUGGUCGAUCGAAACUUUCCCAACGCUCUCCCGGACAUGAAGAAACUGCUGCAGGAGUUUAACAAGUUCAAGGCCGAGGACAUUCCUCAACGCCUGAAGGACAUUCGCAAACUGGAUAUUCUGCACAAGGAGCUAGACGCGAUGGGACCGGGGAACGCCGGGCAGUACGAGGUCGAGUCUGAGCUGAAGUUCAGCGUCAUCAACCGCAGCUGGAACCGCCUGAUGGUCUACACGCAGGAGCGCGAGAUGUCCCUGCACCACGAGAUAUCCAG